AAUUUCCCAACCCUAACAAAAAGUAAACAAAUAAAUGCGGCAUGGAAGCAAUUUAAUGUAAAUUGAAAAGCUUAAAUGAGCUAGACUUGCAGCAGUAAAACGAACGAUAAUGGACCAACAACCGGCAGGUGAGGACUCCAACAAUUCGAACGAGGUGGAAAUUGAGGAAAUCGAUUGCAGCAAUGUGCCCGAAGGUGAAUUGGCCCAGUUCCAGGAGACAGAACCUCUUCGUGUGGUCGACAUUAUUGAUACAGUUGCCGAUGACGACGAUGAUGAGGAGGAGGAAGAGGGAGCACUCAUCAAACGCUAUGUCCAGGGUGUACAGUGCCUAGAGUUUCCCGACUUUUGCACUAAAUUCGAACCCGGGGACGAUGAUGAUGAUGUUGAGGGUGAAACUGAAGAGGAGACACCAAUUGCCUCGACCAGCUAUCAGGCAGAAGUAAAAGCACUGGCCAAAAAACGGAAACAACAUCAACGACAAUCGGUUGAGGAUUCCAAAGCCGGCACUAGUGGCGGUCGCAGUGCUAGUGGUGCUGGUGGUAGUGGAGGAGGCGCCAGUAGUGGCGGCGGUGCUAAAACUGUUGGACGACGCAGCCAAUUGAGUCCAGCUCUCUUGGGUUUAAUGGGUGAAGCGAAUCUCAGUUUUGUCUAUGGGCGCUAUGAGACGGCGGAAAGGAUUUGCAUGGAAAUCAUUCGUCAAAAUCCAUUGGCUAGCGAACCUUUCUACACACUGGCCGAGAUCUAUGAAAAUCGAGAUGAGGUCAAAUUUCUCCAUUUCUCUACUCUCGCUGCUCAUUUAAAUCCUCAGGAUCGUGACAUGUGGAUACGAAUAUCAGAUCUAUUGGUACAGCAAGGCAACAUGGCCAGGGCGAGAUUGAUUUUCACCAAGGCCAUCAAAGUGCUGCCCAAGGAGUACUUGUUGCGUAUGCGUAAGGCCCAAUUGCUGGAAAAGAUGGGCGAGACAAAUGCUGCCAUGUUUACGUACCUAAAAAUGAUUCCCUUAAUGCCCGUGGAUGAGUGGAUAACCUGCCUAAAUACAGCCAAAAAUGUGGCACGUUUCUUUCACGUUCUGGAAAAAUAUUCCAUAGCAUUGCAGGCCAUGAAUGGGGCCUACGAAGUGUGUGGCUCCCGCUUUCAACUGGAGGAUUUAAACAUCUAUAUGGAGCUACUGAUCCUUAAUAAGCAAUAUGUUAAAGUUUUGCAUUGCCUGAGGGAACGCACACAGCUGCAACUGGAGACGCAGCCGGAUGAGAGUCCGGAUUUGAUUUACUUUUGUGAUAUACCCGAUGACUAUGUCCCCGAAUUGAGAUCCAAGCUAUGUGUGAGUCUUGUUCACAUGGGCGCCCAUCAUUUGUUUGGCUACCUCAUCCAGAAUCUGCAGGAGCACAUCACCCUGACGGUGGAACGUGUGGAAUUGUAUAUGGAUGUCACAGAGGCUCUGAUGCAGGAACACAAAUAUGCCGAAGCCAUUGCUCUAAUGCGCCCCAUAACCGAUGGUGAGACCUUCGAGUGCCCGGCCUUUGUGUGGUUAAGGCAAGCGGAUUGUCUGCGUCAAUUGAAUCGCACCAAUGAGGCCAUCCAAUGCUAUGCCCGUGUGGUGGAGUUGGCUCCCUUUUGCUACGAGGCCAAAUUCACACUCUCCGCUCUACUCAAACAGCAGGGCAGGAAUGAGGAAGCGGUACAGGCUCUGGAACAAUCGGCGGAGGCGGAAAGUGAGGGACAGCCUCUACAUGCUCGGCUCCUUUACGAACGUUGUGUGAUGCUUCAGCAAAUUGGACGCAUAGAAGAGUUUCUCGACGUUGGCUAUGUUCUGCUUGGCCGUCAUUCCAUCAAGCUAAAGAAUCGCGAAGAGAUGUUGGCCGCAGCCAAUGGAGGAAGUGCCUAUAAUACGGAAAGUCUGAAAGCGAUUCUACAAAUGCGAAGUCUUGCCGCUGGUGAGCAACAAGAUCAAUUGGCAGAGACGAGUCGAAAGGAUACAGACGCCGCAGCCGCACCAUCCCACGAUCUGACCAUCAAAGAUGAGUAUGAUCUCUUUCUGGAGCUUGUGAGUACGGCAUUUCGCCAUGGGAAACAGAGUGCCAUCGAGAGGAUUUGCUUUGCCAUGGUCACCACCAAGAGAUUCACUCCAUAUCAUCAUGAGAUUGAAAGAAUAAUGAUAUUGGCAUGCUAUUUUAAUCAUGAUUGUCCCAUUGGCUUCUCCUAUUUAAGGGAAUUGAUAGCCAAACAGCCAACGGAAGUAAAUCUAUGGAAUUUGUUGUCCUUGCUGGUCCAACAGGGAGAUGAAGUUCGUUAUUUUCGCUAUAUAAGACGACUACUACAUCGUCAUCCGCAUGGUACAUCGCAAAUGCGUCUCUUUUUGGGUCACUAUCAUCUCAAUUGUAGCUCCUACAAGUACGCAUUGAAUGUCUAUGUGCCUCUGCUCCGCGAGAAUCCGCAUCCAUUGGUGGCACUGUCCAUAGCGGUGGUCUUUAAUCAAUUGGCCCUGCAGAAGAAGGUUCUACGCAAAACCGCUGCAGUGGCCCAGGCUGUGGCCUUUGCCCAACGAUAUAGGGAACUUCGCUCCUCUUCGGAUGCUUCCUCUACCAAAGCAGAGGAUUGUGCUGUCCAACAGGAGAUUUUUUAUAAUAUUGGUCGCAUCUAUCAUCAGGCGAAUAUACUUCAUUUAGCUGUGGAGUAUUAUGAAAAGGCUUUGGCAGUGAAACAUCCUUUGAUUGAGAAGCAUCCAAACAUACUUGGACUGCAGCAUGAGGUGGCCUUUAAUUUGCAUCUGAUCUAUCGAGCAAGUGGCAAUAAUCGCAAGGCUCGUCAGUGUCUGAUGCGUUAUUGUGUUGUCUAGAAGGAAGAAUCACCUUGUUUUAGCUUAAGAAUCAAUCAACUGAAUGACUGGAGAUAAAUUUCCAAUAUAAUUUUUGAUAUAUUUA